AUGGCAAGUUUAAACAUGGAGUACUACUUGCCAAUAAUGGUUAUGGUUUUGUUACAAUUUAUAUAUUCAGGCAUGACUCUUGGAACAAGAAUUGCCCUUGUGGAUGGUAUGAGUCCAAGGGUAUUUGUGGUAUAUCGUCAUGCUUUUGCAACCAUUUUUCUUGUUCCCAUUGUUUAUUUGUCAUCAAGGAGAAACUCUGCUUCCUAUUCCUUAAAUUUAAAGAGUUUUGCUUGGAUAUUCAUGAACUCACUAAUUGGGAUUACAUUAAAUCAAAAUUUAUAUUUUGAGGGACUAUAUUUAUCUUCUUCUUCAAUUGCAAGUGCUAUGAGCAAUCUCACUCCAGCACUCACAUUUGUUAUAGCAGCUUUUGUAGGAAUGGAGAAGGUGAAUAUUAGAAGUUUGAGGACUAUAGCCAAAAUAAUAGGGACAGUGAUAUGUGUUAGUGGAGCAGUAUCCAUAGCAUUAUUGAAGGGUCCAAAAUUAAUAAAUGCAGAAAAAAUGCAUUCAAAAUCAAUCAUGGGAAGUGAUAGGAACAGGUUACUUGGAUGUGUAUGUCUUUUGGGAAGUAGUGUUGCUUGGUCCAUUUGGCUCAUUUUGCAGGUUCCAGCCUAUAAAAGUCAUCCUAAUUAUUUAUCACUAUCAGCAUGGAUGUGUUUAUUUGCAACAUUACAAUCAGCAGUUGUUACAUUAAUCUUAGAGAGAGGAGACAUGAAUGCAUGGAAGAUGAAUUCUGUACUUCAAUUUGGUUGCACUUUAUAUGCAGGAAUUAUGGGAUCUGCACUUAUGUUUUGUCUCCAAGCAUGGUGUGUAACAAAGAGAGGACCACUCUUUUCUGCAAUGUUUAGUCCUCUCUUAACAGUGAUUGUGACGGUAUUAGCUGCCUUAUUCCUUCAUGAGCAAAUAUACCUUGGAAGCUUGAUAGGUGCAAUUGGAGUGAUCAUUGGCUUGUAUAUUGUGCUUUGGGGUAAAGCUGAAGAAGUAAUUAAUGUCAAAGAGAAGAUUGAUCCAAAAUUGAUGGUUGAUGAGACAAAAGAAGUGGAAAUUGUGAUUAAUGAUCUAGUGGAAAUUAAUUGUAAAAUUGAUUUGGAAAAAUCAAAUUUAGAUGAUGAAUCUACAUUACACCGUUGAUUGAAAGAACUUUGUAUUAGAAUUAUAGAAUGUCACAAUAGUCUUUUUACUUUUUUUUUUAAUUGAGGAAA